AUGGGUGAGGAUGUGGUGUUGCCCUGUCGCUUCUCCCCAGAGCGGAGCACGCAGGACACAGAGGUGAUCUGGUUUCGGGAACGCGUCUCGCCCUUUGUGCAUCGCUACAAGGAGGGCCAGGACCAGUAUGGGGAGCAGAUGCUUCAAUACCAAGGGCGCACCGAGCUGCUGAAGGAUGGCCUCACCAAGGGCAGCGUGGAAUUGAAAAUUUUCCAUGUCCAACUGUCUGACAGAGGGAAUUACACCUGCUUUGUUCGCUGUGACUUGGAUUACGACGAGGCUGUGGUGGAGCUGAAGGUGACAGGUCUGUAG